GUGGCGCCAAAGUAGCAACCAACCGUUGAACGGCAAUAAGCGUGUCAACUGUGGAAACGAAAACGUAACAGUAAAGUGAAAUAACGUUAACUGUGGAAACGGAAGUGUUCAUUCGAAAACGGCAACAAAUAAUCGAAAACGAAUUGAAAUUUGAACGGCUGCAAAACUGAACUCUAUUCGCAAAAAAAAAGAACACACACUUUUCAACUUACCGACAUCGGCAAGGCUAACCACAACAACAGCAACAAUAACAAUUUGAGCAUCAACACUAAUCCCUGACUGAAACCGAGGACGCAACGCUGGAAGGCAAGACCAGCCAAGUAUUAAAUAUAUAAAAAUAAAUAAAAGUCACAUAGCGAUCUCAGCCUAAAGCCACAUAAAUGCAGCGCAACGCGUUCGUCAUGUAUGCCUUGUCCGCAGCCGUUUUGCUGCUCGGAAACUGUUGGUAUGCAUACGCAUAUGUCGCUUUGCCAGCAGUGGCCGCCGCAACAGCCGGAGCCGGAGUCGGAGCCUCGGACGCCGGCGCAACAGACACGAAGACGUAUGCCAAGCAUAUGGCAGAAUUAAUGACCGGCACAUAUCCUGAUAGAGCCGCUGCUUCAUCGGCGGGUUAUUUGAACGAUGUUGCCGGAAGUAUUGCUGUGCAAGCACCGCACCAACUGCUGAAUGAGCCUAACGGACGUGCUGCGGUUUACGAUCCGGGUGAUGAGCUACUCCGCGCUUUGAACGCCGAAACUGCCAUCAACGGCCAGGAGCUCGGCACGCUACCCGAAGAACCCGAUUACGCUGACACUGUGUUUAACGAACUGGAAGUGGCAAACAAAUAUGAGAUGUUACACAAAUUGGAGAAAGAUUUGCGCGCGGAACAGGAAAUUGUUACUAAAUCAGCUUUGUUAAUGAAAAUGCUCGAGGAUCCGAACAUACAAACGCUGCCGGUCAUUUACGUAGAGGAGGACGACGAUGACGAACCAUCUGACGAGGACGCCGAAUUGAACAGCAAUAAUGUGGCAUUUCGCUUGGGCGGCAUGGGCGCUGGUGUAGCAAAGCGCUCGCGCUACUAUCGCCGCUAUCCAUGGAAGCGGCACAAUAGGAAUCGCAGCACUUACGAGCCAGAGCUGCGUUAUGCCUGCACGCCCACCAAAGAGGACGUCUUCAAGCUGUUGAUGAACCUGCAUGAAAAUCGCAAAGGCAAUCACAGCAAAACUGUAAACUUCUGCAAUCGCAAGCGGCCAGCCAAAGCCAUUUUCACCAACAUACGUUUUCUGGGUUAAGCUGACCAGCGACGCUGCUAAGCAAACAUAUUUAAAGAGGCAACGGAAUAGGAACUAGAAAUACUAUAAAACGAUGUCGACAUGAAACGGAAAUCAGAAUAUGGCGGAAGAAAUGAGGAAUACUGUGUACAUGCGCGGCACUUGGCUCGAAGCAAUUGUUUACAGAAAUUAGCGUAGCUUUUUAACACAUAAUUCGCAAUCAAAAUUCUAUAUGUACUAAUAAAUUGAAGUAAAGUAAACUCAGUAAAUCUAAAAAAAGAAAACUAAAAACUUGUAAAAUAUGCAUAAAAAUUAAUUUGGAGAAAUAAAAGAAUUGUAGGCCCUUAAGCAGCUAUCUAGCGUAACUUUUUCUGAAUUUAACAUUUACAAAAAGCAUAUAUAUAUAUUAUUAACCGUAUUUUAUAUAGUUAUACGAGAAAUGGCAGCUAAGCACAGCAUUGUUAGCAUACAAAUAUUUUAUUCACAAAACUAAAUUAUAGUUGCAUUACUAUUGCAACAAAAAUAUGUAUAUAAUAAAUAAUGUUUGAAAAAAAAAUAAAUAAAUAUGUUAGUAGUUUGCAAAGCACUCACCAAGAUGCAGUAAAACACAAGGCACUUUCAGCAAGUAGCAGGGGCUUGCUUUUUGUUUGUGCUUUUAGUCUGUAGGACUUUACAAUGUCUGGCGUAUGAUUUUGGAAUUUUAAAAAAAUAAAACAAAAUUAAAAUAUAAACUAAAUCGCAACAAAACUGCAACACUGCUGCUACUAACUUAAUUAUUUCAAAUAAAAAAUAUUUUUAAAAAAUUCGAAAAUUCGAAAAAAUAUUUACUUUGAGAAAUAAAGCUAUGUAAUAUCAACGUAGCUCUUAGUUGUCCGCAAAGCAAACUGAAUUUAAUUUUACCAAACUUAUCAAUGAAUAUAAAAUGGCAGCCACAAAGAAAUCAUUAGCCCACAUAUGCAACCCUUACCCUCUAAACGUGUGUACAUGUGAACGGUAUCAUAUAGAUUACAUUUUGCUUCUUAAAACCUAGCCUAAACAUACACAAUUGAAUUUUGUGCACAUAUUUAACAUAUUACGCAGGCAUUUGCUAUUGUAUAUAAUAUCCAGUACCAUAAUAUAUGUGUGUAUCAUAAAUAAUUGCAAAUUAAAUAAAAAAAAAACAAACCCUUAAGCGCACGAAAGGAAGUAAUUUAAUUUUAAACUCAAUGCAAAAUUGUACAUAGCUUGAUACCAUUUACUAACGUACAUACCUUGAUACCUUAUAGACACGCAUAUACAUAUAUAUAGCCGAAUACUUUUGUUUAUUUGUAUAUAGUUGUGACUCUGGUUUGUUUACUUGUGCACACAUACUUAUGCACACGAGUAAGUAUAUAAAUAUGUAUAUACACUAAGCAUUUAAUCACUAGUUAUUUACGGUUGCAAAAUAAUAAAAAAAAUAUACAUUACAAAUAUACAUACAUACAUACAUGAACACUAUUGUUCGACCAAAGCAUGAGUUGUUCCUUUAAAACAUACAUAAAGAAAAUAUAAUAUAUGAAAGUCAAUGAAUUGCAUAUAUGCACUUGUAUGCAUGUACAU